AUGUUAGAGAUGCCCACUAGCGCCAACAGUGCAAGUAUCCUGCCAAGACGCAUCAAAACUGGGACAAACUCUAAACUUGUGGCUUCAGUGCCAGUGUUUUUAUGUGUCAACUACGCAGAAGCAAAACCAGACUAUGAGCCGGACAUCCCUGAGCCAACAUCGUCCCCACCCGUAGAUUGGAUCGACCUUUCUCUGGAUGAAAAGACAGCUAAUAAGAUGCUGUGGAUCACAGAUGGAGGAUACAAGGUGGCACGCAUGACUGAUGAUCUCACGUGUCCUGUCCUGGACAGACCGGAGAGAUAUGAAGAUGUCCCACAGGUUCUAUGCAAAGAGGGCAUCUUGGGCUCCAGAGGCUACUGGGAGGUGACGUACACAGGAUGGGUGGUCAUCGGAGUCGCCUUCGAAGGAGCAGGAAGGAGGCUCCAAGAGGGGCCGUGUGGACUCGGAGAAAACGAUGAAUCCUGGGCUCUUGGGUGGGGCGGAUCCCACUACCAGAUGUGGUUCAACGGCACAUACUCUGAGAUCUGGGAUGUCCCCCAGUACACCACUCUUGGGGUGUACCUUGACCAUCCAGCAGGGGUCAUCAAUUUUUAUGGAAUUGAAUUGAAGAAGGAAGAAGGGGCGGAAAGAAAGGAGGAGAUCAGACUGCUGCAGCACAUUAAGAGUCCUUUCAAGGGGAAAAUGAUGCCUGGUUUUUGGAUCGGACAAAGGUCAUCAUGCUCGUUCGUUAAGCCAGAAGAGUAGAGAGGUUG